UCUCUCUCUCUCUCUCUCUCUAUUUUAAAUUUUUUUAUUUAUUUUUCCCCAUCUCUGCGCAUUUACACAUAAAAGCACAUGCUGGAAGAAGAAGAGUAUGCGGAUGGAGAGAGUUUAUUUGAACAAGAGUUUUCAGAACAAGACGUACUACCAUUUUUGUUACAGGCACAAGAUAUCAUUUCUAAACUUGAGUCGAGAGUUGUAGAGUUAGAAAGCGAUUUAUCCACCAUCCACCGUAAAUAUGAGCAUGACCGCCACGAUUGGCUGGUAGGUCUCUCACAAAAGGAUCAAUAUAUUAAUCAUCUAUCGGGUAAGCUCGAAAGGAGCGAGUUCAACACCAAGGAAACCAUUGUUUUAUUAUCCGAACUAGCUACAGACGAUAUCGAUGGAGAAUCUAUCAAAUCUACCAUCACCCUUUGUCUCAACUACCUAAGACAACAAACAGAUGCACCCCUCAAAGAAGAGGAUGAUUUAGAAGAAGGCGAACUAGAACGCCGACAAGCCGCCGUCACCCAAUGGAGAAGGAGAAAGAGUAGUGCCGACAUACCAGACCAUUCUUCAAUCACCAACACCACCACCACAACACCUACUUUUAAAUCAUGUGAUCAACAUGCUGUCAACAACAACAACAACAAUAAUAAUAAUAAUCAUAAUUCCUUAGAUGGCCUCUCCUCUCUCUGCUCUUCUUCCUCUCUUUCUUCUUUAUCACAUGAUGUUGUAGAACCUACCUUUUUGAUCAAUAAUGAUGAUGACACUGAUAGUUUCUGCAUCAACUGUAAACAGCUCUUGACUCAGUUGGAUGGUCAGAUAGAACAAAAGGCUUAUUUAAAAAGAGACCUCAAUUCACUUGCAUCUGCCCUCUCUGAAGAAGAAGAAAUUAGAUCCACCAUUGAACAAGAUAAAGAAGCACUCGAAAUAGAUGUAGGAGACAUCACUUCUUCUUUAUUCUCCUCUCUCAAUCAUAUCCUCAUGGAUGAAGUCACAGACCGUGAUGGUCUUGUUCAGAUCCAUCGUGAAACAGGUGGUAAACUCACUUCUGUCCUAGACGCUUGGGACACCAGAGAUAACCGUCUGAAACAACUCAAAGAUCUCUUGAUCCAACUGGAUUCCGUAGUGCAUCAAAGUGCUAACGGAAGCUGCACACUUGCACAUCGUUAUUCUCAACCUCAACCCAUUGUCUCUCGUUUAGCUAACCGUAUCUCACAUCCAUUACGUUUCUCAUCCAUCGACCUAAGUCCAAAGCCUUCGAAUACCAAUACCGUCCGUAUCGAUGGAUUUAUCCUGACAGAAUUCACAGAUCACCUGAAAAUUGUGACUGAUACAUCCACCACGAUUCCACCCACACUCUUUAUGAAACGAGUGCUUCUGGAAGAUAUUGAACCCUGUUUGUUCUUUCCACAAUCACAAGGUUGGUGGAAAUCACCGUGGUUUAAAAAGAAGCUGAUUGAUGCCAUCUCUCGUAAUAAGUGUGAGAUUCAAGGCUGGCAUGAUUCACAUCAUAACAGUAGCGUCUUUUCCAAUUAUACCAACACCACCAAUUCCUCCUCCUCCGUGACCACUUCACCUGCCACUAGCCAUUGCUCUUCACAACAGAGCUUGCCUCCCAUGGCACCCAAGACAAAAUGCGCUUGUUGUAAUCUAUUGCGUGUAUGUGAGUACAAGAUGCGUCUACCGAUGCCAAAUACUUCAAACAAGCUUAAAAAAGUCAACACGGUGCAACCAUGGUUACCCAUCGACCGUUUCUGUCGAGACCGAUUGGUGGCUGUCUGUGGGUUCUAUAGCUUUAUGUCACAUCUCAAGCUGAUGAUGAGUACACCCACCUUAACAGUUUUUAAGCAAAUGAUGCAUCAUCGACGUAAGAUGGCGUUGGCCCGUGUUGGAUCUAUCGGUUUAUUUGUGGAGGAAGAUGAAAGCGAUUACAAUGAUAUCAUCAAUAAACGACUCAGUAGUGGUGGUGGUAGUAUAAGACAACGAAGAAGAAAUCGAGAAAGUUUAGUUUUGGAUCAUUCAGGAAGUGGAAGUGAUACAGCAAGUAUUGUCAGUGUCAGUGAGAUGCAAGGCUUAGAAGGUCAAAUCGUCAUUGUUCAUUAGUCUUUUCUCUUUUUUUUUUUUUUUUUUUUUUUUUUUCUUUGGAAAAAAAAAAAUGUAUAUUCCCUUUUCUCUCUCCUUUUACCCUCUCUCUCUCUCUCUUUAGAUAUCCCUACCACCUUUGAUUAUUAUUUCUUUUU